AUGGAUUUUGUGACCAAGCUACCCAAGUCGUCAGAUGGAUUGGACACUAUAUGGGUAAUAGUCGACAGACUGACGAAAUCCGCUCAUUUCUUGCCAAUAAAAGAAUCCUACAAGAUGGAGAGAUUGAAAAGAAUAUACAUUCAAGAAAUCGUGAGACUUCACGGAGUGCCAGUGUCUAUCAUCUCAGAUAGAGAUAGUAGAUUCACUUCACGUUUCUGGAAAUCACUUCAGAAAGCACUGGGAACCCAUCUCGACAUGAGCACUGCUUAUCACCCACAAACGGAUGGUCAAAGCGAACGAACCAUUCAGACGCUUGAAUACAUGCUUCGCGCAUGUGUGAUAGACUUUCGGAAGUCCUGGGAUACCCACUUACCCUUAGUUGAAUUAUCGUACAACAACAGUUACCAUUCGAGCAUCAAAGUUGCUCCUUUCGAGGCACUGUAUGGACUGGCGUACAGACUGCAGCUACCCGCUGAGCUCAGCAGCGUACACCCCGUGUUCCAUGUUUCCAAUCUAAAGAAGUGCCUAUCCGAUGAAAAUCUCGUCAUUCCCCUAGAUGAAAUUGAAAUCAACGAGAAUCUCCUGUUCGUUGAGGAACCAGUCGAAAUCAUGGACGGGGAGGUGAAGCGUACCAAGCAAAGUCGCAUUCCGAUUGUGAAGGUACGGUGGAACGCGAAACGCGGGCCAGAAUUCACAUGGGAACGCGAAGAUCAAAUGAAGCAGAAGUACCCUCAUCUAUUCUCGCAUUCUCAAAUCUAG